ACAUAUUGCGAGGAGAUAAUGCGUUGUAGCAUGUAAUGCAUAUUGAACGGAAAUGCUACAUACAAAGUACACGUACAAACGCGUGUGGGUUGUUGUCAGCUACACAAAGGGCGUUAUUGCUUGCUUUUGCUGAAAGGUCAAAUCAACCGUUUUAAGCCGUGGAUUGCAUCUUUGCCACCGAAAGAUGAAUCCUCAGCAUAUUCAUCAGAACAUGGGCUACUUGCCCCUGCUAGCUGAGGAGGGCUUGAAGGUGGUCAACAGCUACACGGGCAGUGUCCACCUCCCACCCGACGACUACCACCAGCCCCAGACCUCUAGCCAACAGCACUACAUGCCUCAUUACCAGGUCCAGGGAGAUGGAUAUCAUCACCACCACCUCCAUCACCAUGAGCGGAUGCAAGGAAUGUACAUAGGACCACCUGGGCUAGGAGGAGGAGGGGGAGGAGGGGGAGGCAGCAGCAGCAGUGGUGGGGAUGAAAUCAACCUCCAUAGCUUUGAUGAUAACAGAGGAGGUCUGGUGACCUUUAACCAGCCACAGUACCUCCCAAAGAGCUCUGCCCCACUCCCAGCAGAGCCCAAACCGAAGGAAAGGUCCAAGAAAAGCAAAGGCGGGCCACCGAAGAAGAGAGCUCGAGAUCCUGCCUCCUGGAAGAGGAAUACGAACAAGAGGUUGCGUAAUUCCGGACAGCCGUACAUCAAUUCUAAUGGAUGCAUCAUGCCAGCUAGGAAGAUGAAGGAGCCGUGUAAGAACUGCAGGCAGCGAUGCACUGAGAGAUUCAACGAAGAGCAGAGGCAGGAGAUCUUUGAUGGUUAUUGGGAUACUAACAAGGACUGGACGUUCAGAAGAAUGUACAUCAUCGAGCAUGCUGUGCCCCAACCGAUUCAGAGAAGGAGGUCCAAGAAAGAAAUGGAUCAGAAAGCUCGCAGGAUCAGUUUUCAUUACCAUUUGACUUGUGAUGGCAUCAUGGAAAAGGUCUGCAAGAGAUUCUUUCUCAACACACUUGCGGUUGGAGAGAAGUUUGUCAUCAUAUCACUGCAUAAAAAGACGAUGGAUGGGAAAGUGAUACCUGAUAGACGAGGUCGGCAUCCAGCUGCUAACCAAAUCCCCUACCAACUGAAACAAGAGGCGAGGAGACAUAUUCAGGCGCAUCUCUUGAACAGACCACAGGAGCAGGUUAGCCUUCCCAAGAUGUACGAUUCCUACGUUCAGGAGUGCGAGAUGCAUCAAGGACCAUCGGUGAAGAAGCACUUCUAUCGAAAGCUGAUGAAUGAGGAGCUGAGGAUAUCGCAGCAGAGGUUGGAUGGACCAGGUGAUCCGCGGAAUGAAGAGCGCCCUUUGGACUACACCCCUGCACCUCAGGUCAGUGCUCUUGAGUGCCUCAUCAAAGAGCUCUGGCAGAAGGAACAGGAGCGCAUCCGCAAUACAAAGCCAAAAUGCAGCCUGAAAGACAAGUUAAGGGAGUACCAUGCCUUGAGAUUUGGGGGAAAGGAGUAUGUGAACUUCAAAGGACAAGUCAGGCCAUCAAGAAAGAUGAAGGAACCCUGUGAGAACUGCCAGAAAACUUGCACAGAGCGUAUCACAGAAGAGCAAAGACAAAAUCUCUUUGACUACUUCUGGGAUCCUAAUAAAGACUGGACCGACAAGAAGAAGUAUGUCCUUAGCUGCACUGAGUCAAGGCCUGUUGUCAACUCUAGGAUAAGAAUGAAGAGGUCUAGGGCAGCCACCAGGUUUAACAAACCUCAGAGAUUCACAUAUUUCUUUGAGGUGGAUGAUAAGAAAGUGUCUGUAUGCCGCAAGUAUUUUGUUAACACCCUGGGCCUCAGUCACAACUUCAUAGCCUCUUGCAUUGCAAAGCAAGACGAAAAUGGGGAGUUUGAUCCAGCCAAGACAAAGAAGUGUGGGACCCUUGCCAAGUUACCCCCUGCUGCAGCCAAAGAGAUCAGACAGCACAUCAUCUACAACUGCUGGGCUGAUCCGAAUAAGGGCAGAGAGUAUCAAACACAUUCUUCAACCAGAGGCUGGUCUUGGAACGUCUCCAAGAUGUACAGUGCUUAUCGCCAGUGCUGUUGGCUGCGAGGUACAAAGCCAGCAAGCACUUACAUGUACAGGAGGGUAUUUUGCGAGGAGAUGAAAAUCUUUGAGGAAAGUAAGAUGUUGACAGCCAGCACUCCAAGUUCAUCAACCAGGCAGGCUGGGAAGAAACAGGCAGACAGUAAGUCUGGAAAGGUGAGCACAAGCACAGCCGUUCUUCAAAACAAGCACCUGUUGAGGAAUCCUUUGGGACCACUUCUUCUGCAGAUACUUCAAGGAGUGAGAGGCAGGAGACUGAAGAUGAUGAGAUGCACAAUGAAUCUGUGGUUAAGGAUAAAGAGUAUAGACCAUCGAGUGAAGAAGAUGAUGAGGAGGAGGAGGAUGCUGAUGAUUACACAACUCCAAAAAAGAAGGCUCUGAUUGUUGCUGACCCUCAAUGCUCCGUUCUUCUGGCACCCACAGAACAGAUGCCAGUUUCUGACGAUGAUGAUGAGGAUGAUGACGAAGAGGAAGAUGAUGAGGAUGAUGAACGGCUGGA